AUGCCGCCAAUCGCCGAUGCUCUUAUGAAAGCAAUUGGCCCGAUCGCAAUCGGUAAAAAAGAUGGAGACGACGUAAAAUGGGAUGUCCCAAAUUUUGGACAAGUUGGAUUGGGAAAUGGGAAAAUGCAGAUGAUGAAAUUUGUGCCUUCUGGUGCCGAGACAGAGACACCGAAUGGGGGAACGUGGACACUUGGUGAUCGACCAGAUCUUGGAUAUAUGGAACAUGACUCAACACUUGGUCGAUCGGCCGGUUCAUCAACUCGGAUGAAUUUAGGCGGUAUCGGUCAAUUCAUCACUGAAAACAAUCAAGAAAAAGGAACCGGAUUAUUAGAUUUCUCAAAAGCUUUAUUCCCAUUUCUCGAGCUGCCACCACCAAAAAGUGAGGAAAAAUCCCCGCAUUCGGUGUUGAGUCCCGAGGAGCAACGCUUGGCUGAGAUCUACUAUCCAAAACCUAGAUCGUAUUUGGAUUUGAAAGAGGAUCUCUCACCGCUUCCAUUUGAGGAGAUCGCGCCGGAGAAACGGAUCAAAACAGAUGACGACGAGUCCUUCUCUAAUCCAUUUGAUCAAAUCAAGAGUCGGGCUGGGUAUGCGCGAUUUCGGGCGCUCGCUUCGAAAACUCAAGUAGAAGAUUCCGAUCUUUUACCAACAAAGCCCGACAAUCCAUUUGCGAAAGAGGUUGGAGUGGCGCCGGAUGGAAAUGAGCUCUCAUCAAGCAGUGAAAAGGACACCCAGCCAUUGAACACUAUGCGUUUGGGUAAACAAGCAAAAACUUCGGAUGUCCCGAUUCCUAUCGCCGAUCUCGGUCUUUCGGAAAAGCAAAUCUACGAGUUGUGCUCGAAAUUUGCCCCCGUUGCGGCAAGGCACUGCUACGCCAACAAAGUCGAUCCGCAAUUCUUGGCCCGUUGCCGCGGAUAUGCCACUGAUUGUGCAAAGUUUCAAGCACAAGCGAAACCAUUGGGAGCUCUCGCGAAUUCAUUUUCUUCCGGAGUUGGGCUCACUUAUUACAAUUGGGGUGUCAAGGGGAUUCCAUACUAUGCGAUCAAUGAAGAAGGAGCCAUUGGGAAUGGAAGGAAUGGAAAGGUCGACUUUGGCACUUGGGGCGGUGGGUACUCGGAUGAAGUCGGUGCGAGAGAUUUCUGGUCACAAACACAAGAAUAUGGAGCGAAUUGGUAUGAAGGGAUGUAUGGUUGGAAGCAAGGAUGGAGUGUGCCUAUCAUAAAUAGUAUGGGUGUUGAGGGAGCGAGUGGGACUAUGGUAAACGUUCCACUCAAAGAGGGAUCCCUGGGAAAACCGAUUUCAGUGACAAAUUCGUACUCGGUUGGACCGUAUCUUGGAUUGGCGGACAAAGUUGGAGUCGAUUGGUACAAUGGAGGAGUCAGUCUGCAAAGGGGUUUCUCUGUUCCUCUUGUCGGCGUUGGCGUGUCAACGGGUGUCGGAGUUGGAUUCCCAUCAAUUGGAACGAUGAUGAACAGAAUGGGAUUGAAUGGAGUUCAAGCAAAUCCACAGCUUUUCUCCACUUCAUCCGGAUUCGAUUCAUCGAUUGGUUUAAGCAGUAAACAGGAAUCCUCUCUUUCAGCGACAAAUAACGGGCAACCAUUACUGGGAAAUCUCAUCGCAUUGGCCGAAAUGGCGAAAAAACGCGAGAAAAGUAAAAAGUAU